GGAACGAGGGGUUAAUACGGUAAUCAGGGGGGAGCUGUAACCUAUAACAUACCUUGUUCAGUCUCCUCAAAACAAAUGGAAAACAGAAACGCAGAUCGUGGCAGCUAGAAAGCUGGUGACGAUGACCGCCGAACGCCGCCCGCACAAGUCGUGACACUCUCUCUCUCUCUCUCUCUGUCUCUCUCUUCCUACUUCUCUCUCUCUUUCUCUCUCUCUCUCUACUAAAUCUGUCUGGUCUGCUCCUUACAGCAGCCUGUUAACUCCUCCCCUCUCCUCUCUUGACCAAUCAGCUCUCAGGAGAGGGACGCCAAAGGAUGGUGGUGGGGUGGGGGUCAGGGUGUGUGUUCUUUCAGAAUCAGUGGUCUCUACUGUCUGAAGGCAGCCUUACUGUUAGGGGUGUGGGUUCGGUCUGUAUAGUCUUGCUUUGCCAUACCUCUAAAAUCAUGUCAUUGUCACACCUCCCUCGGCGGUCUGGAGAAUUAUGCAUUGCAAAAAUGGUUUGAAUGGUCCGCUGGCUCCCAGCAGCAAGAUUUUGAAUGGAUGUUACAUUUCAAGAAGCCUCCCCCACACGCCCGUUGAAGGGGGUGGUACGUGUUAUGUUCAUCACUGUUUUCCGACCGGGUAGGACACAUUUUGUCGAGGUAGUUUGCAACAUUGUAGAAAAUGAAGACAAUAAGGGGAAACAUUUAAAUUUUGUUUUGCUAGUAGUGUGCUCUAUACACAACAUCAACGUUGAUGAAGGCUUUACAACUCUUCUGCUUGAACACUGUACUAAAGAAAAGAGACGUUAUGGCGUGUCUAUCUACAGGCUAUGAACAACGUUAUGUGUUGUGGAGAAAUCGAUGGUAACAGUAGUUUCUCCUCUGAUGUCAAUAAUCGAGGAUCAGGUUCGUGUUCUGAACUCUCAAGGAAUCACCGCCGCAUACCGGGUCAAAGUGAGAUGGAGGAUGAGAACUGCCAAGGGUGAAUACACGAUUGUCUUCGGAACUCCUGAAACUUUUGUUGGCUCAGAGAAAUGGCGAUGCCUACUUCAAACAUCAUUGUUCCGCGAGCGUCUCAUUGGAAUGGAUGUUGAUGAGGUCCACAACAUGGUUCAAUGGGGAAGGAGGCUGCUUUUUGGAAGUGGUGUGGAAUGGUUGGGGCGCUGCGGUCACUCCUUCCAGUUCCUGUUCCUGUAUUGGCCGUCACAGCUACAGCUUCCAAGGCUACGAGGAAGAGCAUAGGGUGUCAUCUGACCCGGUAGAGACGUUUUCACGAUUUCUCCCAGAGUUGGAGUCAAAGCGGCCUGAGACCCCCCAAGGACUGUGAAAUACUCCAGCCAGCCAAACCUCAAGCGAGCCAGGUGAUGUAGAUCCAUCAUGGCACCCAGGAGGUGAUGCAGUUGCGUAGUGACGCAGUUGAAAAGCUGCCACUGUCACGGCUGGGGGACGCGCUGGGGCGGACGGCUGAGCUGGGGCUGGUUGGCAGGGGCAGCAGCAAGCCGUUACGAACUGGCUGUAGCAACGCAGCAGCAUCGACCGGACAGGCUUGGGACAACACGGGAUCAGAAAGAUUAUUCAAACCUAGAGCGGUGAUGGCGGUGAAUGUCUUCUCCAUCUCUUCGGCUGUAGAGAACCUGAGUCGCCAUGACAUGCUGGCCUGGGUCAAUGACUCUCUACAGCUCACCUACACCAAGAUAGAACAACUGUGCUCAGGUGCAGCGUAUUGUCAGUUUAUGGACAUGCUGUUUCCUGGCUGUGUCCUGCUGAAGAAGGUGAAGUUCUCAGCCCGGCUGGAACAUGAGUUCAUCAACAACUUCAAGGUCCUACAGGCCUCCUUCAAGAGGAUGGGGGUAGACAAGAUCAUCCCAGUAGAGAGGCUGGUGAAGGGGAGGUUUCAGGAUAACUUUGAGUUCAUCCAGUGGUUUAAGAAGUUAUUUGAUGCCAACUACGACGGGAAGGAGUAUGACCCUGUGGCCACACGCCAGGGGCAGGAGGGCACCCCCUCACCCAACCCAGGCCACCAGAGGACGUCUCCCACGGCGACCAAGACAGUCCACGUCCCCCCGAAGCAGUCUGCCCCCAUCCGCAGGGCGACGCCCACCAGAGCCAACGGAGCGUCAGAUGCUGAGGUGCUAGAACUGAACCAGCAGAUGUUGGACCUGAAACUGACAGUGGAGGGUCUUGAGAAGGAGAGAGACUUCUACUUCAGUAAGCUGAGAGACAUCGAGCUGAUCUGUCAGGAGAAUGAGACCAACGCCAGCCCAACACUCUCCAAGAUCAUGGAUAUACUGUACGCUACGGAGGCAUCUCAGCUCAGAAGGAGGCUGCAAGUGAAGACAGACUCAUCAGGGACCAAUUCCGAGGGGGAGGUUGACCUUCUCAGCCAACUUACCUGAUCAAUAAAGGAUGGCUUUGUGGUGGCAGAGGAUGAGGAGGCGCCACGUGGAGACCAGGAAGAAUUCUGAACAUUCCUCCGUUCUCUUCUUCACUCCACACCUCCCCGGAUCAGCGCGUCAAGAUUCUCAUCUCCUACCCCUAUUUUAUCACUCGCUCUCUUUCUCUGUUUCACAGCCUCCUCCCUCUCUCUUCCUCCUCCUGUCCCCCAUUUCCCCUUGCUCCCCCCUUCCAUCCUCUCCCCCCAACCCCCCAGACAUGUCAGGCUAACGCUGUACACUUAAUCUGUAUGGGUGGUGUUAGCAGGAUGCUAGGCUAAUGGCUAGCUCUGAACAGUUCAUCUGUGUGGUGGGAGUGUUAGCAGGAUGCUAGGCUAAAGUAAAUUAGAUGAGCAUGGAUCUAUAGCACCCUCUGUCUGUAGAGGCAGGUAACACAACAAACUCACUAAUCUCGGAACCCAGAAGAACAUUUUGUCAUGAUUUUCUCUGAUGAGCGGAGACUGAACUCCCUCCAGACUCACUGGUCCAGUUCAGUAUUAGGGUUCAGGACCUACCUACCAUAUGAUCAGGGAGAUCGUUCAAGAAUGACUUCGGAAUUGGACGUCUUUCCAUGUCCUGAGUAUGUCGGGAAAUGCCUUCAAAACCAACCACUAGGGGCAACAGUGAGCGCUACUACCAUCAAAUAGACCUGGGUUUAGAUAGUGCAUUGAGGACAAGGGUGGUAGAUUGGUGUAAUCCCAUGACUCUGGACCAGGGGGGGGGGUUUAACUGUAACUAAACUUAACCCUUAAUUUCAAAAUGUUGACGUUUGGAGAAAUGUAACGAUACGGAGUAGCAGGAACAACCCAGGGUGUUAAAAACACUUUGAAAUUUGAUGUUUGGAUAAACGUGGAUGAAUGCCUAAUUCUGCAGUGAGACUGAGAGCUUGUUGCAUAUGGACCAGUACUAUCCCAGUCCAAUAGGACUCCGCACUCCGCACCAACACCACUCAACAUGUCACUCGUAUCAAGUUUCCCCGUAUCAGCUCUAUCUGGAACAUUCUGCAGGUUCUAACCUCUGAAUUCCCCCUGGUUCUGGUUCUGGUUCUGUUUUUGAAGGAGUUAUUUAGCGUUAGCUUGGAGUGGCUAACGAGGCAGUCAAUGUGAAUCUAUUUAUUACUCUGAGAAAGCUUUUAUUAAGCUAUAUAAAUGAACACACUACUACACCAUAUAUGCUAAUGUGUGAAUAUUGAGUAUUGAUUAUUAAUGAAUUGAUUUGAAGUGGUUUUUAGCAGCUGUUUUUGAUUUGGAGUUUCUUCCUGUUGACAUGUUAUAUGCCAUGGGAACAGGAGGCGGGGCUUAGUGGUGACUGACAGCUGUCAGGGCCAGCCCCUGGUUGUCAUGGCAGCAGACCUGUGACGGACAUGCAUCGUUGGAGUUUUAUUACAGAGGUUGAAUAAAGACUGGGUUCAAAACCAGAAGGAA